CCAGCCGCCAUAAUCUAUUCGGCGUCCCACGUCCCACGCAGCACGCUUCCGAAGGCACGCACGCGAGAUACAUUGCUCGCUGUUCGUCAAUCAGUUUUUCAAGUACCGGCGUGAAAAUGUCGUACAAGGGGCCGCAGAAAGUCCAGAAGGUGAUGGUCCAGCCCAUCAACCUGAUAUUCCGCUACCUGCAGAAUCGCUCGCGCGUGCAGGUCUGGCUGUUCGAGAACGUGAACCUGCGGAUCGAGGGCCACAUCGUCGGCUUCGACGAGUACAUGAACCUGGUGUUGGACGACGCCGAGGAGUACCAUACGAAGACGAAGAACCGGAAGCCGCUCGGCAGGAUCAUGCUGAAGGGCGACAAUAUCACGCUGAUACAGAAUACCAAUCCCACGGUGAACUAAGGAGGAACCUUAACCUCCAACACGGCGUUGAGUUUUGACGGACGCCGGAUGUGACUGGGCUCCGAACGCGGGGUCUCUUCUACACGAGAGAAACACUCAGGAAGAUUGUUGAACGCGAAAAAAAUAACUCUUUAGUCGUGCUAAAAGAAAUGUAUCGCGUGAAUUGAUGAAUGUAUCAAUGGAGAUUUGUAUUUGCUGUUUAGAUAAAAGUUUCUGCGAGUCUCAGCGAAUGCGAGAUACAUUUAAGUCUUGUGAGAAAAGGAUCACUUGGUGUUUUACAUAAACGCACACAUCCCAAUAUCUAAUUUAACUCAUGCAUACGGGGACAUAUAGUUUCAGUAAUAUAGUUGUAUACUGUGAGUGCUGUCUGGAGGCACAGAAAAUUUAUUUUAUACGUUGCAUUGAAAUAUAAUUUUUGUGAAAAUCCAUUCUAUAAACUUGAACUAUGUAAAAGUAGCAAACAGGAUAAACGGAAUGUAUAUAAACAAUUAUUAAAUAAUUUUAUAUUCAAAAA